ACUUUGGGCUCCCCAGAGGAGGGGCCCUGCUGAGCGUGCACAGCCAUAAAAGGUGUGACCAGCAGCACCUUGGGCUCACCAAACCCCAGAGCUGCCACUGCCAGAAUGAAGCUCCUCUCGCUGCUCCUCUUCCUCCUAGGACUGGCCCUUGCCAGCUGCAACUUGGCCCAGUUUGCAGCGAUGAUUAAGCAGAAGACCGGGAAAUCGGCGCUGGCUUACAACGGCUACGGCUGCUACUGCGGCUGGGGCGGCUCCAAACAGCCCCUGGACGCCACUGACAGGUGCUGCCACGCCCACGACUGCUGCUACAAGAAAUUGGUCGCCUCCGGCUGCAGCCCCAAAACGACCACCUACAAAUACGUCUUCCGAGGAAACCAAAUAACCUGUGGAAACGGGAACUCGUGCCAAAAGCGGGCGUGUGCGUGCGACAAGAGGGCGGUGGAGUGCUUCCAGAGGGCAGCCAGCUCCUACCGCAAAUCCUACAGCAACUACCCCAACUCCAAGUGCAAGGGCAGGACACCCUCCUGUUGAGCACUCCUGCCAUGCUCCUGCUACAAACCUGGCAGGAACCACCAGAACUGGGGGGUUCUGCCUUCCCUAUGGCCAGGCAGGACACGGCACAGCCCUGUGGCACUGAAAAAGUGUCCAGCACCUUUCCCCAGAGCCUUAGCACUGGGAAAACCUGCCUCCCAUUGUUCAGUAACUCAUAUAAAUGAGCUAA